GCUGGUGCUGGUUUGACACCCAAAUUGGCUGACGCAGCCUCGUGAACUAUAUUUAACCCUCAACGGACGGAAAAUGAUUCCGCACACUAAUUUCAAGCCAUUUGUUGCAGACUUUACCCCGAUACCGCGUGGUUGUGCACAGCUAACACCCCUCGAAAACACCUACACAUCCACUACGGGUGUCGGCUUGUGGGGUUGUCCCGAUCGAGAUACGGAAGCCGCCGACUGCUGACCCCCGGUGAUUCCUACCCCU